GCAAAACCCAAAAGAAGAGCAGCAAGAUAUCUUCCUGUGGCCACAAGUGUCUGCUCGGGACACAGCUUCAGCACUCUGUUGUCCCCUCUCCCCCAGGGGCUCUGGGACCUUUGGGAUUCUUGUCAAGGUUCUUCAAGGGCCUGCAAGGACCUAACGUGCCCCUUGGAAUCACCCCCGAGGAGCUGAGCAUGACCCGGGACGAAGCACUGCCAGACUCUCUUUCCGCACAGGGCUUCUAUGAGAAUUAUGAGCCCAAGGAGAUCCUGGGCAGAGGAGUCAGCAGCGUGGUCAGGCGCUGCAUCCACAAGCCCACGCUCCAGGAGUACGCUGUGAAGGUCAUCGAUGUCACUGGGGGAGGCAGCUUCAGUGCUGAGGAGGUGCGGGAGCUGCGAGAAGCCACGCUGAAGGAGGUGGACAUCCUGCGCAAGGUCUCGGGGCACCCCAACAUCAUACAGCUGAAGGACACUUAUGAGACCAACACUUUCUUCUUCUUGGUGUUUGACCUGAUGAAGAGGGGGGAGCUCUUUGACUACCUCACUGAGAAGGUCACCUUGAGCGAGAAGGAAACCAGAAAGAUCAUGAGAGCCUUGCUGGAGGUGAUCUGCACCUUGCACAAACUCAACAUUGUGCACCGGGACCUGAAGCCCGAGAACAUCCUCCUGGAUGACAACAUGAACAUCAAGCUCACAGACUUUGGCUUUUCCUGCCAGCUGGAGCCAGGAGAGAGGCUGCGAGAGAUCUGCGGGACCCCCAGUUACCUGGCCCCUGAGAUCAUUGAGUGCUCUAUGAACGACGACCACCCAGGCUACGGGAAGGAGGUGGACAUGUGGAGCACAGGGGUCAUCAUGUACACCCUCCUGGCCGGCUCCCCGCCCUUCUGGCACCGCAAGCAGAUGCUGAUGCUGAGGAUGAUCAUGAGCGGCAACUACCAGUUCGGCUCACCCGAGUGGGACGAUUACUCGGACACCGUGAAGGACCUGGUGUCCCGCUUCCUGGUGGUGCCGCCGCAGGGCCGCUGCACGGCGGAGGAGGCGCUGGCGCACCCCUUCUUCCAGCAGUACGCGGUGGAGGAGGUGCGCCACUUCAGCCCCCGCGGCAAGUUCAAGGUGAUCGCGCUGACCGUGCUGGCCUCGGUGCGCAUCUACUACCAGUACCGCCGCGUGAAGCCCGUGACUCGCGACAUCGUCAUCCGCGACCCGUACGCGCUGCGGCCGCUUCGCCGCCUCGUCGACGCCUGCGCCUUCCGCAUCUACGGCCACUGGGUCAAGAAGGGGCAGCAGCAGAACCGCGCUGCGCUCUUCGAGAACACGCCCAAGGCCGUGCUGCUGUCCCUGGCGGAGGAGGACUUUUGAGGUCGGCGGCCGGGCAGGCCGCGGCCGUCCACGUCGCGGGAGCCGGAGCGCCGCCGGCCGCUGUGCCCGAGGAGAGCUUGGCCCUGGCCCGGAGCCCCUGGGGUCGAGGCCACCAAACCCUCGCACGGCCACAGCAGCCUGGGCGGGCGCCGGCGGCGGGGAGGCCGGACGUGGCCCGGGACCAGCCACCCCCCGCGCCUCCGCUCCCAGCUAGGCCAUCAUCUGUUUCUCUUUACGGGACGCCCAGGUUACUGACCCUGGGGUCCUCUUCCCUUAAGGUCCCAGUGUGAGGAUGAAAGACAGAAAAGUGUCUUAAAUACACAACUGCAGGAGAUCUUACGGGGGCAGGUUAAUCUCCAGGGACUGUUUUAGAGGCAUGUGGAAGCCUUAUGUAGUUAACGACAGAAAGGGAAGCUUCUGCUACUUGUCUUUCUGGAGUAGUAUUUACUGUGUGACUCCUACAGUGGGCAGCUUCCUCCGGUAAAUCAUUUGGUUCUCCCAGACCCUUUAAAGACGGACAUUGUACUUUAAAGAGCAUUUUACACACAGGGGAAAUCAGGUUCCUUCGGAGGAGCAUGAAACACUACAGUUGAGGCAAAUAAAGUACACAUUUUCCUCCUACAGCAAUUUGCUGGGAAAACAAAGAGAACCCAGGAAAUCUGUCUUGAAGAAAGAAUGUUAGAUUCCUGAAUCAUACAGGGAGCCGGGGAAGGAAACAGAUUAAAAAUUUUUAAUAAAUCA